AUGGAGUGUGAUGUUCAAGAUGACGACCUCCUGGCUGAUGAAGUUAGGGAGAUGGAUGAGAAAGCAAGGCAUAGUCAUGUAGCUGUCUCAUCGAAUGUGAUGCUGGCGCAGCGUAAUAAGAAGAGCUCCCGAAGUGGCGCCAAGAGGAGUGCUCCUUUGGGCAUUCAAAGCAGAGAGAGAGAGAUUCUUCAUCAAGGUUCCCCUCGUCCACGCACAGCUAAGUCCUCAGGAGGAAGCAAGAUACGAGGGAGGGGUCAUAAUGAGAAAGAAGGAGGGCGAAAACGCCCUGAUAGCUCUUUCCUUCCCUUUAAGCAAAUGCUUAAUGACUGUGGGAUGCUAGAAUUCCCUUUUACGGGGGAUAUGCUCUCAUGGGUAGGGAAGAGAUCAGGAGGUGCAACUGUUCGAUGUCGUUUAGAUAGAGCAGUGGGAAAUGCAGAUUGGCAUGAAAAGUUUCCUCAUUCGUCUGUGAAGUAUAUGAGGUUAUGGGGAUCGGAUCAUCGUCCGAUUCUUGCUGACAUACUCACAAAGCCAACAAGAAGAUCAAAAAAGUUUAAGUUUGAUAAGAGAUGGCUAGACAACGAGGAGUUAAGGCAAGUUAUUCUUGAGGGAUGGAAAUCUCCUGAUUUUCCUCCUAAUGCGACUAUUAUGGAACAUAUUUCCAGCUGCAGGAAAGCCUUGAGUGAAUGGAGGAGACAACAUAAUGUAAAUUCGGCUAAAUUAGUUGAGGAGCUUAAGGAAAAAGUGGAGGCCAUGUACGCGAAUGAUAACGCUACAACUGAGGAAAUUGCAGGAGCGUUGAAGGAACUCUCUGAUGCUCUUAAAGCUGAAGAAUUGUUCUGGAAACAGAAGAGCCGGCAAAGAAGAGCAAGGAAUAAGAUAACACAACUCUUAGACGAGAAUGGAGACAUUGUGGAGGAUGAAGAAGGAUUGGUAGCCAUUGCUACUAGCUACUUUAGACAGAUCUUUGAAUCAUCGGAUCCUGAGGAUAUUGAAGACCCUCUCUCUCAAAUUCCUGCAACGAUUACUGGAGACAUGAAUAACAACCUUACAGCUCCGGUCUCUGAAUGGGAAAUCAAAUUAGCACUCUUUGCUAUGCAUCCAGAAAAGGCCCCCGGGCCAGAUGGGAUGACUGCCCUGUUUUAUCAGAAAUUAUGGGAUAUAGUAGAGGAUGACCUAACCCUUAUGGUUAAUAAAUUCCUUUUCGAGGGGACAAUGGCGGAUGGACUGAAUGAUACAAAUAUAUGUCUCAUUCCGAAGACAACAAGGCCCAAUGUGAUGUCCCAGUUUAGGCCAAUCAGCUUAUGUAACGUCAGUUAUAAGAUAAUCUCUAAGGUCUUAUGCCAGAGAUUAAAGAGGGUGUUACCAGGACUUGUAUCGGAGACACAGUCAGCCUUUGUUGCUGGGAGACAGAUCUCUGAUAAUAUUAUGAUUGCUCAGGAGAUGUUCCAUGCUCUUAGGACUAAACCAGGUGGACGUAGUAAGAGGAUGGCUAUUAAGACAGAUAUGAGCAAGGCAUAUGACAGGAUGGAAUGGUCUUUUGUUGAAGCUGUGAUGCGAAAAAUGGGAUUUUCAGAGCGGAUUAAUGCGAUCACGAGACAAGAGCUUAAAGAUGUGCUUGGAAUACAGAAUGAUGGAGGAAUGGGAACUUACCUUGGUAUCCCAGAAGACAUAAGUGGCUCCAAGUGCAAACUCUUUGCAUUUUUGAAAGAAAAGUUGAUGCACAGAGUGAAUGGAUGGACAGGAAGAUGGCUCUCCAAAGGUGGGAAGGAAGUGUUGAUUAAAUCUAUUCUGCUCGCUCUACCGACAUACGUUAUGUCUACUUUUCUACUCCCUUUGGAGAUAUGUGAAAAUCUUGCCAGUGCCAUUGCACAAUUCUGGUGGAGUUCAAAUCCACCAAAAAGAGGAAUACAUUGGGCGAAGUGGGAAAAAGUCUGUUUACCCAGAGAGGAGGGUGGAAUCGGUUUUCGAAUGAUCCAUGAGUUCAAUAUGGCCCUUUUGGCUAAACAACUAUGGAGGCUACUUCAAUUCCCUGAUUCUCUGGUUGCACGGGUAUUGAGAGGAAGAUACUAUAGAUUGAGUUCUCCACUAAGAGUGAAUAAUGCUACAAGCCCAUCCUAUGUGUGGACAAGCAUUACAGCCGCAAGGAAGUUGCUACUACUAGGGAUCAGACAGAAGAUACAUUCAGGGUACGAAGUUAAGGUGUGGGAGGAUCCAUGGAUUCCAACGACCCCUGCGAGACCAGCUGUCCCCGUAGCGCCAGUUAUGCACCCAAAUAUGAGAGUCAGUGAUCUUAUUGAUCAGGUAUCGAAGGAGUGGGAUGUUGGUUUAUUGGAAAAUUAUGUUACCCCUGGAGACAUACCUCUCACAAGGAGUUUAGCCAUAAGUUCAACCCAUCGUCGGGAUUCUUUCUGUUGGAACUACACAAGGAAUGGCCAAUAUACGGUUAAAUCUGGAUAUUGGCUGGCACAGAAUGUAUUAACACCAGCGGUAGAGAAGGAAAUUGUAGAGCCAAGCAUCAAAAAGCUCCAAGCCUUCGCUUGGAAGAUAAAGGCGCCGAACAAGAUAUGUCAUCUUAUUUGGCAACUAUUAACUGGUCAUGUGACAGUAACGAGGAACUUAACAAGACGUAAUAUGAGGUGUGACAACUAUUGUCCAAGAUGCGGAGAAUUAGAAGAAACUGUGACCCAUGCAUUUUUUGAAUGCCCGCCUGCUCUUCAAGUCUGGUCAUUAUCAUCGACUCCAACAAGCCCGGAUAUAUUUCCAGUAUCAAACGUCUACACGAACAUGGAUUAUUUGUUCUGGAGAAAGAAUAGCAUCAUUGAGCCGGAACAAGAUAGGGAUCCUUAUCCCUGGUUGCUAUGGUAUAUUUGGAAGGCCAGGAACGACAAACUCUUCAGAGGUAUAGAUAGAAAUCCCUUGGAGCUAGUUCGACAUGCAGAGAGUGAAUGCCAGGCCUGGUUUAAUGCUAACGAUCUACAACCAGUGGUCCAACCAGUGGUACAAGAUAAUAUUUCUGAGGUAGACCAAGCCAUAAGCUUGGUGGCUGCGGUUGGGUAUGGAUGGACAGCGCGGAGAACACUCAACUUAUGGGAACAAAGAAUUUCACUCGACUCGAAUCAGCCUUGCAUUCGGAAGUAG